UUAAGUAUCGAUAUUUUCCCGUUGGUAUCGAUCAAUACCGAUACCAACGUUGGUAUCGAUAUUAUCGAUAUAAGUAUCGAUCUGCCCACCUCUAUUGCUUACGCGCGCGUGCGCUCGGCACGCGGCAGUUGGUCGAGCGUGUUAUUUAUUAGAACCUCGCGCGCUUGUGGCUCUCCCUUCAGCCUCCGCUAUCUGGUCGAAGACCGCGAUAGUGUUCGGAUGAAUCAAACCUGAGGUGAAACUGUGUUAGUUUUUCGUCGCGUUUUGAUUUUUCUCAACUUAAAUAGUAAUUGAUUGAUAAAUACAUGUAGUGAGACGGAAUGACAUCUGGAUUUUAAUCGUUGGAAAACUCGCAUAGAUCAACUGAAGAUGGCUACCAUCGUGGAAAACCUGACAGAUGGAGGCUCGAAGAAGGACAGAAUUCGACUGGCCAAAGAAAGAAGAGAGGAGAAAAAUAAGAGCCAAGCUGUGCGGGAGCAAGCUCUCUUGGAGAAGGAGCAGCGUGCACAGCAGCAGUAUGAACGCUCGCUGAUGGAGCGAGGGAGGCGUCUGGAGGAGCAGCGACAAAAGGAGAUGCUCCGUCGUUCUGCCGUGGAGGAGAAAAGGAAGCAAUGCAUGGAGGAGGAAAAGGAGCGACUGGAGGCCCUGAUGCGACGUUCUAUCGAGCGGAACCUGCAGACGGACCAGAGGCCCAAACGCUGGACCUGGGGCGGACCUCCAGGAUUCUGCGAGGGUGAUCCUAAGAUUGCCCCGCCUCUCCUGCCUUCAGCCUCCUUAACCAAUGACCCGCUGCUCACCCUCCUGCCAGCAAAUCUAGGAACGGCAGCUGAGAUCCGUGCUGCUACUACUGGAUCAUCUGGCUGA